CUCUCAUGUUGCCUGUCUUGGCGGCAUUACAAACUCCAACGUACGAGAAGUUAUUCUCGGAAGUUAGGACUACAUCACUCUCGGCAGCUUAUUCGUUGCAACGAUGAAGCGACCCUUUGAAAUACUCGUCGUGGUGAUGACGAUUGUUGUUCAACUAAAUGCUCUCGACUCUUGUCCGGAAGUGACCUGUCCAGAUGGUUGCGAACGCGAGACAGGAGCUCAACAGCACAGAUGCCCGUGGUGCGUUUGUCAUCCGAUUGCAGCCAGGAAGACACUGGAGAAAUUCGAGCAACGCCAUUGUCCGAAGGAACUGGUGGAAUUCGUCAAGACACAGAGCGGACAUCUCAAGGAGCACGUCUUCAAGCUUUCCGACACUGUACGGCAACAGAAAGUUUUGCUGAAGAACUUUGGAAAAUUGCACGUCCCACCAGAAAUCCCUACCACGGGCAGGAAGCAGUGUCCCACCCCGAUCUGCAAUACCAACUGCACUCUGGUCACCGGUGACCACGGAUGUCCGGACUGUGAGUGUCCACCAACUCACUGCCCGAGGAAGAAAUGUCCUCCGGGAUGUCACAGAGAAACGGGCAUCCUCCAUGACCGAUGCCCAGAAUGCGUGUGCGAAGCGGAAAUGCAAGUGGUGCAUGCACUGCAAUGCGCGACUCCGCUGUGCGCACCGAACUGCACCCUGGUUACCGGUGACCACGGAUGUCCGGACUGUGAGUGUCCACCGACUCACUGCCCGAGGAAGAAAUGUCCUCCGGGAUGUCACAGAGAAACGGGCAUCCUCCAUGACCGAUGCCCUGAAUGCGUGUGCGAAGCGGAAAUGCAAAGGGUGCAUCCACUGCAAUGCGCGACUCCGAUGUGCGCACGGAACUGCAUUCUGGUUACCGGUGACCACGGAUGUCCGGACUGUGAGUGUCCACCGACUCACUGCCCGAGGAAGAAAUGUCCUCCGGGAUGUCACAGAGAAACGGGCAUCCUCCAUGACCGAUGCCCUGAAUGCGUGUGCGAAGCGGAAAUGCAAAGGGUGCAUCCACUGCAAUGCGCGACUCCGAUGUGCGCACGGAACUGCAUUCUGGUUACCGGUGACCACGGAUGUCCGGACUGUGAGUGUCCACCGACUCACUGCCCGAGGAAGAAAUGUCCUCCGGGAUGUCACAGAGAAACGGGUAUCCUCCAUGACCGAUGCCCAGAAUGCGUGUGCGAAGCGGAAAUGCAAAGGGUGCAUCCACUGCAAUGCGCGACUCCGAUGUGCGCACCGAACUGCACCCUGGUUACCGGUGACCACGGAUGUCCGGACUGUGAGUGUCCACCGACUCACUGCCCGAGGAAGAAAUGUCCUCCGGGAUGUCACAGAGAAACGGGUAUCCUCCAUGACCGAUGCCCUGAAUGCGUGUGCGAAGCGGACACGCAAACGGUGCAUCCACUGCAAUGCGCGACUCCGAUGUGCGCACCGAACUGCACCCUGGUUACCGGUGACCACGGAUGUCCGGACUGUGAGUGUCCACCGACUCACUGCCCGAGGAAGAAAUGUCCUCCGGGAUGUCACAGAGAAACGGGCAUCCUCCAUGACCGAUGCCCAGAAUGCGCGUGCGAAGCGGAAAUGCAAAGGGUGCAUCCACUGCAAUGCGCGACUCCGAUGUGCGCACGGAACUGCACUCUGGUUACCGGUGACCACGGAUGUCCGGACUGUGAGUGUCCACCGACUCAUUGCCCGAGGAAGAAAUGUCCUCCGGGAUGUCACAGAGCAACGGGUAUCCUCCAUGACCGAUGCCCUGAAUGCGUGUGCGAAGCGGACACGCAAACGGUGCAUCCACUGCAAUGCGCGACUCCGAUGUGCGCACCGAACUGCACCCUGGUUACCGGUGACCACGGAUGUCCGGACUGUGAGUGCCCGCCUACACACUGUCCACGGAAAAGAUGUCCACAGAACUGCCACAGAGAGACAAGGGUUACAGGAAAUCGGUGUCCAGAAUGUGUUUGCGAUGGUGAUGCUGGAGCUGAAGUCACUCCAUCAGAGCUUCACGGUAGACCUAAAAGGGAUGAGGACGACAGUUCGGAAGAGAGCUCGGAGGAGAAAACAGGAACAACUCAGAGCAGGCAGAAGAGAGAUACGCCCAAGAGGAGAGGCGAUGACAGCUCGGAAGAAAGUUCUGAAGAAAGCUCAGAAGAUAACCAUGUACACAAAGAGAGAAGCAGGGACAGCUCGGAAGAAAUCCGCACGCGACCACUGCGCACCUACCGUUCGAAGCGACAUCAUCAUUUUGGAGCUCUGAGGAAGAAACACAACACUUCCGUCCAUCACCAGCCGGUGGCAUUUGCAGGGCAAGUCCAGUGUACGCCACCUGUCUGCGAGGCAUACUGCACUACAAAGCCCGGACCCCAUGGAUGCCUCGCGUGCGACUGCCCUGACGUGUGUCCUGAAAUUGUGUGUGGAGAUGGUUGCCAUCCUGAAUACACGGAGCAUCGCAAGUGUGAGCGAUGUGUUUGCAAUCCUCAAAGUGAGCGUCAAACCAUGGCUGAUGUCUUCUACUCGCAUUGCGGAGAAGGUAGCCUGCGGACUCUGCUGAUCGACUUCGUAAACCUCAAGAAGACAUUGGAGAUCUUGGAACGUCAGCUCAAGGAACAUGACGAAGAAAUUAGCAAAAUCGAAGACCGCCACGGAAUCACAGAGCCAGUGGGUUCAGAUCACGCACAUGACCAUGCCUCGUUGCAUCAUCAUGGUCAACACCACGGUCACCACGGUCAACACCACGGCCAUCAUGGUAACCCCCUCGGUGAUCACCACCAUGAUCAUCACCGUGGUCACCACUAGCAACCCGUGCAGCCGGACGACAGCAUCCUUCAGCACCGUGAAGGUUCAACAUCCGGUACAAGACCUAACGACGUGACAACAAUAUUCAACAUGGACAAUGGCACCUUAGUUCCAUAUCGGUUACUGUAAAACUCUUCAGUUUGGAGCCCCCUUUUUGUUUCUUUUCGAAUCGGGCACAGGAUCCGUGUUCCGGGCCACUAAAUUUUGCGAACUGGGGAUCCUAAAAUUCGUCACUUGAUUGGCUUGGUUCGCGAUAAGUUCGGGAUUGACCUUAACCACUGUGCUGCAGAGAAACCCAAAUUAGUAACCUGAGCAACCAACCGUGGAAAUAAUAAUAAUUGGACUAGAGCAUAGAGACGUCUUUUUAAGCGUGAAUUCUUUCUCCAUAUUUUUGUCCGAAAUAUUUGCCCUAAGUAAAUUCCCGAAGCUCAUGAAGAGCCGUCAACAUUAAGGGUUUUACAGUAUACUGUUAUCAUUAAUGUGCGUGUGAACAGCAAACACGAAUAUAUGGGUUAUCUUGUACAUGACAACCCGGUUUUAGCCUCCGCAAAGGAAUAAACUUUCUUAUGUAGUAAGAACCUCUA